AUGCCCACGAUUCUCACUACAGCUUUCCAGGACCAAGUGAAGAACCUACAAGUGCUGCCCCUAGAGGAGGCAGAUCGAGCCUUGGUGUUGCUGUGUCCUGUAAAAGUGCUAUUGUUUGUUUUGAAACAGAGAGAAAACAAGGAUGUUGGAACAACCAGACAUCAAGAUGAACAUGUACAACAAGAAAAGACUAAAGAAGAAAAAUUAGAGCAUCUAUAUAGCAGACUUCAUCUUGAAGACAGACGCAACAACAAACUGAGAGCUGCAGAUGUUCUUCAGAUAACAGCACAUUCAUUACAGUUCCAUGAGUCUUGUGAUGAGAAGGAGUUGGUUCUGAGUUUCCUACAAAAAAUACUAAUGAUGGACUACAGAGCAAGAUACAUUAAAACUAAAGAGACCAAGGAAGAACACACACAACAAAGAGACAAUGACUCACCAGAAGAUGAGAAUGAUAUUUUCAAAGCAAUAUAUUUUUCUAACAAAGGAACAAGACAAUCUGACCGAAUUGACCCGAUGGAUAUACAGAUGGCCGUGCUUCACUGUGCCGAUGGUUUUCUUAAGCAGCUUAUAGUGACUAAACUGUCCCAAUGUCAGUAUGCUCUGCCUUUACUUGUACAUGAUCCAUUCACACAACAGACUGAGUUUCCUCUCUGGACAUUUAGACAAAUCAACAAGAGCUGGAAAAUGAGAAAUGCCAACAAUGAAAUCAUCAGUCACAUCCAACCAAUCUACAAAGCUCAAACUCCAAUGGUGUCUUUUUUCAGGUUUGGCUCUGUGUCUUCAUCAAAAUCUCAUCUGAUGAACAAUCUGAUCAAUGAGAAACACAACACAUUCUUCCACAGGGACUGCCCAGGCAGCAGCAAAAGCAAAAUCCUGAUGGAUGGAGUGGUGGAGAUUGCUUGGUUCUGUCCCUCUGGGAAAGACACAGAUAAAUUCACUGAGUGUGUUGCGUUUUGUAAUCUUCACGGUGAUGCAGGAGACCAUGAGAAACAGCUGCAGAUCCUUACUGAAAUGGCGUCAGUAAAUGUUUUUCUUCUACCACAACUGGAUAGGAAUGAUAGACAUACAACAACAAUAAUCCAAAACCUAUACAGGAAUCCAAAGCCACUCAUUUGCCUUUUUACUGAAGAUGUAUGUACUCUAACUGAGAUGAAAAAAAGAAAAUACAAAAUUGGUUUGAAAGAACGUAAUCAGUCUGAUGUAUCUGAAGAACUCAGAAAAACUAUUGGUAAAUGUCUCUUAGAAUCAUCUUCCACUUUCAGACUUGAAGACGUGUCUAAACUCUCAGACAUCAGAGUAGAUGAGAAAGAUGAAGAUGGCUGCAGGAGAGGAAGAGUAGCAGCGCAGAAGAUGAUUAAUUUACUGGAGAAGAAAGACCUGAAAGUCAAAGAAUCAUUUCUGCCCUGUCAGGGGAAACUGUGGCAUCAGUGGAGUCAGAAGAACAAAGAACUACAUCGACCUCAAACAGAUAUGACAGAAAUGGAAAUGAGUAGAAAACGAACAGAAAUGAAGGAAAUCCGUGAGCAGCAGCAUGAAUCUGAUAUCAGCAAUUUUAUGAAGCUCUUUAUUGAAGAAAUGAAUUCAGAUUCUGCAAACAAGAUGUUUUUCCUUAAAUGGCUCAGAAUCUUUCUUGAUGAAUAUAUCUCAGCUGACUUCAUGCUUUUACAUCAUAAGUAUGAUGAAAAGUGGUCAACGGUGUUAAAACUGAAAGAGAGCAAUGAAAAAUCUGAACAUUUUAAAGCUGAACAAGCUGACCUUGAAAGGAUAUCUGAGGAACUUCAAGCUGCAGCCUUUGGUUUGGAGCACAUCAUGAGGGAGAUUGGUCAAAUCUAUGAAUCAUGCUCAUCUUUGAAGAAGAACAAGAAAGACCUGCAGUCUGACUUGUCUUCUCUCCCGAGUCUUGCAGCAGAAAUGAUGAUCGGAUUUCCACUGGAGAUGAUGGAUGGAGAUGCUGCUCAUGUUCCUGUGAUCUGGAUUUCUGCUGUUCUAGAUGAACUCAUCCGGAAACUGGGAGACCAGAGAGUCUUUGUGCUGUCAGUUUUAGGAAUUCAGAGUUCUGGGAAAUCCACUAUGCUGAAUGCCAUGUUUGGACUGCAGUUUGCCGUCAGUGCUGGCAGGUGCACCAGAGGAGCUUUCAUGCAGCUGGUCAGAGUGUCAGACGAGAUGAGAAGGCUGCUUACCUUUGACUAUAUUCUAGUUGUUGAUACUGAGGGUCUUCGUGCUCUAGAACUGGCUGGAAGAUCAACAAGACAUCAUGACAAUGAAUUAGCCACAUUUGUUGUUGGUCUUGGAAAUCUCACACUGAUCAACAUCUUUGGGGAAAACCCAUCUGAGAUGCAGGACAUUCUUCAGAUUGUUGUUCAGGCGUUCCUGAGGAUGAAGAGGGUCAAACUGAAUCCCAGCUGUGUGUUUGUUCAUCAGAAUGUCUCAGAUGUCACAGCUGUAGAGAAAAACAUGGAGGGUAGGAGACGACUGCAGGAGAAACUGGAUGAGAUGACAAAACUUGCUGCUAAAGAGGAAGUCUGUAAUGCAGAAAGUUUCAGUGAUAUAAUUAGAUUUGAUGUUCAGAACGAUGUGAAGUAUUUUACUCAGCUCUGGGAGGGAAGCCCACCCAUGGCACCACCAAAUCCAAACUACUGUGAGAACAUUCAAGAACUUAAAAAAACAAUUAUGUCUCAUGCCUCAAAAUCGCAUGGCAUGAGGCUUACACACUUCAAAGAUCGCAUUAAAGAUCUCUGGGAAGCUUUACUGAAGGAACGAUUCGUCUUCAGCUUUAGAAAUUCUCUGGAGAUAUCAGCCUACAGGAAACUGGAGACUGAAUACAGCAAGUGGUCCUGGAGUCUUCGGAGUGCCAUGAUGGAAACUGAGAACAAGUUACACAACAAAAUAGAAAAUGAAGCAAUUCAUGAGGUUGACGAAACUGACCUUCAAAGAGAACUCAAGAAGACAAGUGAUGAUGUGGAAAAAUCCAUGUCUGAGUUCUUUGAUAAAGACACAGAUGCAGAUUUUCUGAUUCAAUGGAAAAUGUCAUUUGAAACUAAAAUCAAAGAUGUCCAGGAAAACAUUGUGAGAGAAACAAAGAGGAAAUUAAAUGAGGUUCUUCAGCAGCGUGACCUGAAGAAAAAGAUUGAUGCUCAGAGGACACAUCAUGAAAACACCCUCUUGGAAAAAAGCAAAGAACUUGCCUUAAAACUCAAAGACAAAGCAAAUGAUGAUGAAACGCCGCAGAAGGAGUUUGAUUUGUUUUGGAAACAGUAUGUUAAAAUCAUCAUCAGAGACUCUCCUGCAAUCAAAGAGAUUGACAUACUGACAGAUGUCAAAAUCCUCCUCAGUGACAUCUAUAAAAGUGCUCCUAUAAACCCCUGGGGGGACAGCAAGGAUAUUUUCACUGUACUGAGUUUUUCUGAUUAUGUAACGGUAAAGAAAUCAGGUGGAUUUACUGGAGUUUUCAAAAAUGCCUACAGAAUAACUAGAGAAAAAAUUGGUUCCAUUCUGUCUAAAGAGGAUGAAGCCCAAAUAAGAUCAUUUGUCACAGAUGUUUCUCUGCAGACAGACAAAAUGAUUCAGUCAUUUAACAUUUCAAAGAUGGGCUACAACAAAAGUUGCAUUCAGAAACUCACAGAUUAUAUCAAGGCAAGAGAAAUUGAACAAGAGGAAGCAUCAGUGCAUUAUGUCUUCAACAAUGAAUUCUUCAUGGAUUUGGUUCUAUCCAUCUCUAAGAGAGCAAACAAGAUGAUCAUUGACCAGCACAGACUGUUCAGGGAAGCCAAUGAUCCUGUAAUAUAUGUUGAGAAGAAAAGAGAGGAAUACUAUAGUAUUUUCCAAAAACACCUCCAUGGUGCUGCAUCAGCUGUCAUUUUUGGUGAGAUUAUCUGUCAAAAACUCAAAGAACCUGUUAAGCAAAGUGUCUACAAGAAGACAGCCAGAGAUUUAUCAGAUGAAAUGAAAACAAACUGUGCAUCAUUAAAUGGAAACAGAUCAAAUCUGGAGAAACACAUCCUGAAGACACUGGCAGAAAAGGAGGAUUUUGUAAAUUACAUGGACUACAUUAUAAAUCCCAGAGGUCACUUCGAGAGUUUUAUCAGAGAUGAAGUCAGACAGUAUAUUACUAGUGAGUUCAGUGUCAGUGUUUCACCCAAGAUGAAGAAGAACAUUGAACUCCUGAAGAAGAAAAUAGUAGAAGCAGCACAUGAAUCUACUGAACAUGUUCAACUGAACAGAGGAGAUGCUGGUUUGUGGCUGAGUUUUUCAGAGAAGCUCUCAGGUGUGCUGAUCUUCUCUGAAAAAGACCUCAGUGGAGUGAAACAUGAUGAUGUUGAUGAUUUCAACCUCCUAGAAGAUGUGAUAACAAAAGAAAUUCCUGCUAUAAUGACUGAAAUCAGUAAAGAGUUUAACACACAUGCAUUUGAUGACAAAUUGGACCUCAAGUUCAGGCCAGAUAAGCUUCUGAUUGAUCACUUCUGUCAGUGCUGCUGGGUUCAGUGUCCAUUCUGUACAGCCAUCUGCACCAACACCAGAGAAGACCAUCCUGGAGAUCACAAUGUCCCCUUCCAUCGAGUGGAUGGAAUCAAAGGUUGGCAUUACCAUGGAACCGAGCACCUCAGUGCUGAUAUUUGCACAACUUUAGUGAACAGUGGUAAAAGAUUUUGUGCAUCAGGUAAAUGGUUUCCAUAUAAACAAUACAGAGAAGCAGAAGGAGUUUAUGCAGAAUGGAGCAUCACCCCUGAUGCCUCUGAGCUUCCGUACUGGAAAUGGUUUGUGUGCAGGUAGGAAGAUCUAGAAAAGCUGCACAAUAAAAAAUUCAAGGGAAAAGGUGAGAUCCCAAAUGAAUGGGAAAAGCUCAAAAAAGAUUGUGCUAUUCAGAGUUUGGAUACAUACUUUUAAAAAUGCAUACAUACAUACAUAACAGAGCAAUGCAUAUACUGCAUGUGCAGAACAUAAUAUAAAGCAGGGUUUAGUGGCCUGUUUCGUAAAACAAGUUCACCAAAUCAGCCAGGCUUAUUUUAGUUAGUCUGACUUAUCGUCAGUAAAUUUGGUUCCAUAUAGCAAAAGAUCAAAUCCAAGAUCAGCCACAACGGCUGUCCAUAGAGUAGUUCAGAAGAAAUCCAAAAGUUGAAGUGAAUAGUAAAUCAGAAACAUUGACCAGUUGAGAUGACCUCAAAAUUAAGUUGAUACAAAAACCCUAUUAAGAUGUAUAACGCAAAUGUUUCUCAAUAAAAGUUUGAGUAUGCAUGGGGAGAACAAAGACUUCCAGCUCACAAGUGUCAAACUUCCCACUCCCCCUAUUCUCUAAUAUAUGUAACUUCACUGAUAAUGCCUCCCUUACGUUCCCUCAUGGCUGGGAGUGAAAUUUCUACUUACAAAAGUAAGGUAACAGCUUACUAGACCUUUUACAAAACUAUGUGUAAAACCAAAUUAAUAUUUUUUUUAUAUAUUAUCAGGUGUGGUCAGGUGUUAAUUUGCACUUAACAUUCAAAGUCUUAAUGUGAUGGGGCCCUAAGUAGCCACUUAGUUCACUUAUACAUUGGACCGGCUCUAGUCGAAGUGGUGGGUUUUCUUUAGAAAACCAUUCUUAAUCAUGGGACAUUUAACAAAGGAAUAUAACUGUACGAGUCUGCCUAGCACUCCAGGGCCUCUCUUUUUUUGAAAGUUCAUUAGACUUUGCGUGUCAAUCUGCAGAAUCGGCAAAGGACCUCAAGACAAGAAUCGUCCUCACCGUCGCCGUGAGCACAGUUGUACCGUAUGUGUAACUUGUGUAAAAGGUAAAAAAAUUUAGUGUAAUGGUCUUUCAUCAAAAUGUCUUUGUUUUUUGAAUUAAUAAUUGUUUAUUAUUAAUUCAAGAAGUAGGUAAUAUGAGCUCUAGUUUUAUUUUUUUGUGAUGUUGUGUAAGGAUGUGUUAGUAAACUGUGAUAGUUUGACCAACUUUGUCCUUUAAAAAUAAUUAGCUUAGCAUGACUAACAACCUCUUGUAUGCAUAGAUGCAGUUAAAUAUCUUCUUUAUGAUUGUUUUUUUCCCUGUAUAUGUGCACAUUUAUUAAUGUCACCAGAGAAUACAUUGUUGCACAGUAAACACAAUGCAUGCACUGCAAAA